CUGAACCGAUACUACCACAUCUCACCUAAAUCAUGUCUGGACGUGGCAAAACCGGCGGCAAGGCAAGAGCCAAGGCCAAGACCAGGUCCUCCCGUGCCGGACUGCAGUUCCCAGUGGGUCGCGUCCACCGUCUGCUCCGCAAAGGCAACUACGGCGAGCGUAUCGGCGCCGGUGCUCCUGUCUACCUGGCAGCAGUGCUGGAGUAUCUGACCGCUGAGAUCUUGGAGUUGGCGGGGAACGCAGCCCGUGACAACAAGAAGACCAGAAUCAUCCCCCGUCAUCUUCAGCUGGCUGUCCGCAACGACGAGGAGCUCAACAAACUCCUGGGAGGUGUCACCAUCGCCCAGGGCGGUGUGUUGCCUAACAUUCAGGCUGUUCUGCUGCCCAAGAAGACCGAGAAGGCUGCCAAGAAGUAAAUUACUACACGUUCUAAACUCUACAAAGGCUCUUUUAAGAGCCACACACUAUCUCUGUAAAGAGCAAUGAAACCAUUCUCUAUUGCAAGUUUAAUUACUCAGGUCAUACUAUAGUAAUGACACACUUUUAAACGAGUACCGGAAUCAGUAGUUGUUAUUACUCAGGUUAUACUAUGGUAAUGACACACUUUUAAACGA